AUGCCGUUUCUGAGUAGCACCGCUUCAUCAGCCUCAAACUUCUUUACGCUGCCAUUCAGAAAAAAGAAACAAAGGUGAGCGAGAGAAAGAGAAUGUUCGUUUGUUCAUUGCAUUGCAUUGCAUUGGCAGUCAGUCCGUCGUUCUGGUUUAUUGUGUUGUGUUACAAUAAUCUGUUUUUGUGUCAAUGUCUGGCUUCGUUAUCUUCCACUCCAUUAAAACGCGUUCCUCCAGGUACACUAUCAACCCGCCGGAGGAAUCAUACAAUGUCAUCUAUCUGGGAAAUGUACUUACGAUCAUGGCUCGCGGCGACAAUUGCUACGAGAAACCGCUGUCUUUAAUUUGGAAGGCGUACUGUUCGCGGGCACGCAAUGACCUGGGAAUGAACUUGGAGGUAUCGAACUUUUUGUGAAAAACUGGCAUAGUUUCACGUGUCUUUUUAGAUAACAAGAUCAGGAUUAAAAGCGGAGACGAAACAACAAGGGCUCACCGAGUAUUGGGCCCAUCGAAUCACUUUCAGUGCGGCUCCACAAGAGUACCCGAAGGUAUUCUGUUGGAUCUACAAACAUGAUGGAAAGAGGUUGGAUAAGAAGCACUCAUGAAACUAUCAGUUUACAAUGCCUAUUUCAGGCUGAAACCCGAACUCCGAUGUCAUGCAGUACUGUGCAAGAAGAGCGCCGAGCCUGCGAUUAUCAAUACCAGACUGCAAAACUUUCUCCACGCCGCCCUUCAGGAGUACAAACGAGAGAAGCUCUCUGCUCAGAACGCUCGUCUAACCGGAUCGGCCGGAUGUCCACGUCGCAAGCUCAUUCUUCAAACAGGAACCCUCAAUUUUCGUCCGCCAGUGAGCAGAUCAAAGUCUGCUCCUCGCCUGGGAAGCAUCGACGAGGAACAGGAAGUGAGUGAUAGGCAAUGCUUCUGAUUUCCGUUUGGAAUGUGUAUCAUCUUAACACGAUUAGAAAUGGCUAAAUUUUAAGGAGGAAGAAGAGCCAUUCGCUUCCGACGAUAAUGAGUCAGUGUGUUAUCGGGCGGCUCCGGACGUCGAUUCAAACUCUUCGUUCCCGGUCAGCGACGCCUACAAAUCUGAAGCCGGUCCCAGUAGUUCAUCGACUACUGGCGCUAGUUCGGUGUGUUCUGAUGAUGACAGAGCCACGCUCCGACUGCCAAGGACCGAUCCAGAUAGCCUUUCCGAGGAAAGCGGUUAGUGACUAAUCGAGAACAAAUGGGUCAAACUGGUCGUUUCAGGAUAUCACGAAGAGGGUAAACUGGUGCGUGAAUCGAGUGAAGAGAUCUAUGCCUCGGACAGUGAUCUGGUCAUUCUCGAAGAAGAUUACGAGGACGAGGAAGAAGUUGAGCAAGUCACGUCACUAUAA